AUGACCAAACCAGCGAUGGAACCGCCUCCAGGCAAGGAGUCCAACUUUGACAAUCCCGACCGGGAGUUGUACUACAUAUGCAUUGCUUCUAAUGCAAUCGCAAUGUCUGUUUGUUCGAUCUUCGUCUUUUUACGUCUAUGGGCCCGUUACAGGCUGGCGAUGAGGCUUCGGUUAGACGACAUUGCCUGUGUCAUUGGAUACAUCGGCUUCAUGGGAUACUGCACCAUGUGUCUGCUGAUGUUGAGAUACGGCGGUGGCCUUCACCAAUGGGAUGUACCAGAUCACCUCAUAACGCAGUAUAACCAAACGGUCUACGCGACCAUGGUCAACUACGGCCCAACAGUCUUUGCCAUCAAAGCAGCUAUCCUUCUUUUCCUCGCCAGCAUCUUCGCCCCUUACAAGACCUACGUCAAAUGGAUAUAUGGCUUCCUGGCAGUUAUGGGUGUCUACUACGUCGCGAUGCUGUUCCUCAAGAUGUUCAUAUGUCGUCCGAUCUCCAUGUUCUGGGGCGCUACAACAGAUGGCGAAUGCUUCAAUCAGCGAGUUCUUAUCCUUGUAGACAACAUCAUCAGUCUUCUCAGCGACAUCGUGGUCCUUCUUCUGCCCUGUCCUCUUACCAAGAAACUCCAAGUGGGACUUAUCGCAAAGCUCAAGAUCGUCGCGAUCUUCGGAGUCGGAGGAAUCGCCUGCAUCUUUAGCCUUGUUCGGCUAGUCUUCAUUAUCCAUAAUGGGGAAAGCCCUGAUCAGACCUAUGUCUUUCUGCAAAUCAACUUGACUGGAAUCGCUGAGUGUGGUAUUGGAGUUGUUUGCGCGUGCUUCCCAUUUAUGCCAAUGUUAUGGAAGUCCAUUCUUCACAAAGACAAGCCAGGCUAUUCGUCCAAUUACUCAAGGUCACAGUUUGAGAUGAUGAGUUCGUCCAAACAGCGAUCGCGAAACACGGGGCAUACGCCAGAAAGCGUGCACUAUAACGAGGAUAUGGGGAGUGAUGAGAAUAUUCUCAUACCGAAUGGCAAGUCGUGCGUUACCACCAACGUUCGUGCUGGCGAUGGUACCGCCGAGGGAAGUACCGGUAGCAUUGGUGAUGGGAACGGGGGACACGGAGCAAGCCUUGAUGACUCGCAUAUUCUUCGAACUGUUGAGGUGCGUCAGUAUGAAGAGCGUUGA